AAAAGGAUAUUCAUUUGUUUAUUUUAGCGUUGGCACAUCUUUGAACAUAAUGCAUAAUGCAUAGUGCAGACCUAGGAAACUCCCGACUACUCCAUCAGAGUUUGUCCAUCAGCGCCCAAGAACCGAGCUCUGGCAUCGCCAACAGCCGAUGAACUGCAAUCCGCCCGUGUUCCCAUUCCGACUAUCCAUUGAUUUGUACGGCGACAAGCGGCGCCGGAGAAAAGGGCCGAUAAAGCAGAACUGGAGGAGCAACCAUGACCGGCAGAGAAGCGCAGUCCUUUCACACACGGUGUGGCCGCUCCAUCCGGCUGUACAAUAACAACCGGAUGGCCCAGCGCUCCAUGCGGGACUUCAGUCAUGCCCUGGUGUUCAGUGCCGAGCCUCUGGAGGACGAUGUGCUCUUUGAGGUCGUAAUCGAGAAGAAGAACACCUCCUGGGGCGGCAGCAUUGAGAUUGGUGUCACCGCGGAGUCGCCGGAUGACCUGGAACUGGUGGCAUGCGCCACUGCCAUGCGAAAUGGCACAUGGGUUAUGUCCGGCAUCGAUGUGCGCAAGGAUGGACGACGCAUGUUUGAGUUCUAUGGCACCGAUCUGGAGACGCUCAACGAGAAUGAUCGCGUGGGCGUCAUGCGCACCUCUGGCAACGAUCUGGUCUUCUAUGUGAACGGAGAGUCGCAAGGCGUGGCAGCCAGAAAUAUGCCCAAGCCUCUAUGGGCCCUCGUCGAUCUCUACGGACGUUGUGUGCAGGUUUCCCUGUGCCCCCGCGAUGCCAGUGGCUCUGGAGAGCUUUUGGAUUCACCGCUGCAGCAACCGCUGCAACAGGUUGUUCAGAACUUGGACGUGGCCAUGAACGUAAACAUCGUCGUUGACUCCGACGCCUGGAUGCAAGGCAAUGGCUCCGUAUCCAGCGCUGAUGACCGACUGUGCUUCCACACGCGCUGUGGGUCGCUGGUCAAGCUUUCGCCCAACUUUCGAUCCGCCGAACGCCGUCGACCGCUGGACGAGUUCAAUAACGGCGUGGUGAUGACCCACAGGCCCCUGAGGGACAACGAACUGUUUGAGAUUCGCAUCGACAAGUUGGUGGACAAAUGGUCGGGAUCCAUUGAAGUGGGCGUCACCACGCACAAUCCCGCAGUACUGCACUUCCCGGCAACCAUGACCAACAUGCGCUCUGGCACAAUUAUGAUGUCCGGCUGCGGCAUUUUAACCAACGGUAAGGGAACACGCCGUCAGUACGGCGAGUUCAACUUGGACGAGCUACGCGAAGGGGAUCGCGUUGGCAUGAUGCGCAAGGCCAACGGCAACCUACACAACUACAUUAACGGACAGGACCAGGGGGUGGCCGCCACCCGAGUGGCCUCUACAUUGUGGGGCGUCAUCGAUCUCUACGGAAUGACUAUCAAGGUUACAAUAGUUGAUCGCGAUGAGCGUGAGCAGCAGAAUCUCGUGACCCGGCGAAACAACAUAGUAGCAGGCAUGACUGCCUGUUCCAGUGGUGUUGCUCAGCACACCCAGCACCAGCAGCAUUCCGGCACGCCCACCCUGAGCCUUCUUAGUCCAGAAAGCGAGAUGAAUGUGGCUGGCGCUGCCGGCGGCCUAAGUGAGACCAUUUCCAGCACGCGGGCUAUUGCCAGGAAUGACGAUCGACUAACCUUCCACCACAUUUGUGGUACCCACGCCACCGUCACCCAGAGCGGACGGACAGCUCUGCGGCCCAAUGCUGCCGAUGAUUUUAACAAUGGUGUAGUGCUCACAAGGAGACCUCUACGUCCCAACGAACUCUUCCAAGUGCGACUCGAACGCGUCGUGACCAAGUGGGCAGGCUCUGUUGAAAUGGGAGUGACCACGCACAGCGCCGACGAACUGGACUUUCCAUUCACGAUGACUAAUGUGCGUUCCGGCACUUGGAUGAUGACGGGAAACGGGGUCAUGCAGAACGGAGUCACCGUUAUCGAACAAUAUGGGCAAAACCUGGAUCGCCUGCAGGUGGGCGAUAGAGUGGGUGUGGUGCGCAAGGACGACGGCACAUUGCACUUUUGGGUAAAUGGAGUGGAUCAGGGUCCAGCUGCCAACAAUGUUCCGGAGCGCGUUUAUGGCGUAAUAGAUUUGUAUGGACAGGCAGCACAAGCAAGCAUCGUGGACACUUCGGAGUGCGGUAGUCCGGACACUGGCAACUCCACAAUCUCAAAUACGACCUUGUACAGUGAGGUUCCGCUGCGAUUCCACAGCAUCCACGGCGCCAAUGCGGGCAUCUCGAAUAGCGGCCUUACAGCGUCGCGUCCCAAUUCACUGGCAGAGUUCAAUGACGCAAUUGUGUUCAGUAACAGACCGCUAAGGCAGAGGGAGUUGUUUGAAGUGGAGCUGGAGACAAUGGUUCGUCACUGGUCGGGCAACAUUGAGAUCGGGGUGACGGGCACACGGCCAGAGGACAUCCAGUUGGCUCCAAACGCCACAGAUCUAGAGGCCAGCGACACCAUCAUCUUAUGCGGUCCAAUGAUUUUUCACAACCGCAAGACCAUACGCACGAAUAUUUUACUGGAUCUGGAUACCCUGGGUCCUAGCACGCGAGUGGGUGUGAUGCGCAACGGUGACUUCAUUCACUUCUUUGUUGAUGGAAUGGAUCAAGGGCCGGCCUGCGAGUGCCACGCACCAAACAUUUGGGCCAUUAUCGAUUUGUAUGGGCAGUGCGCCCAGGUGAGUCUUACCCAGACGCAGCUGGACAUCCGCGCUCCGUACGCAACCAGCGAGAAUUCGCAGAGCUGUCAAGCCACGUCGGUAAUUCAGCAUCCGGCCAUGGAGACAAAACACCGCUGGACUUGCGUCUCGGGGAAUGUUAGCCUCACCAAGGACUGGACGGAGGCCUCACGCUUUACGGGAGCGGCGGCACCGCUUUCUCAUUGCCUGGUAUUUUCUGAGCAUCCGCUUAGUGUGGGAUCACCUUUCGAGAUUAAACUGACAUCGAUUAACUCCAUGUUUGCCGGUUGUCUAAGUAUUGGGGUCACUGAUCUGAAUCUGAGCGACGAAAGCGUGCGCAAGAAGCUCCCAACCAGCCUGCGCCGGAUUCCGGCAAACGUGUGGUAUGUUAGUGGGAACGAGGUGUGCUUCAACUCAAGCUGCCUGCAGCGCUCGUUGGCCUCGCUGGAAUGGUUAAGGGUGGACGAUAGGAUAACGCUGGAGCGAGUGGAGAACUCGUUAAACAUCCUGCUAAACUCGGAAAACGUGAACAUUCAGUUUCACAACGUGCCCAACGAUGUCUACGUGGUUGCGGAACUAAGAGGUUCGACAAUGGGAAUUCAAGUGAUUUCCGCCCAAGGACCAGCCUCGCCCCUACGGCCAUGCAGCUUGCGUCUGCAGGACUCGAUGGACUUUGGAGUGGACCCACUGAACAAGCAGGAUAGCUCCAUGCUGGAAUCAAUAGAUUCCGAGGCACUUAACUACGAAUUUUUGGAUGUGUCACAAAAGAACGCGAGGCUCAGCGAUGAUCGCAGGAGCGUAGCCAGAAUCAAGUCCUAUAACCAGGCCAUCGUCUGCCUAAACAAGCCACUGUGUAAGGGUGAGAGCAUCAGCAUCAAGGUAGAUGCACUAAACAACAAGUGGAAGGGUACUGUCGGUCUUGGUGUUUUGUCCGCAAGUCCACAGACUGCUCCAAUUUCCCUGUUGGACUUUAAGAGGAGCUGCUGGUUGGCCACCCACGACUACGUAAACAUCAACGGCCAAGUGAUGGCCUCCAAGUACGGCGAGGCGCUUGAGCAGAUCCAAGUGGGCACGGUGAUCACCCUGACACUAACCCAUGCCGGAAUGCUAAUCAUUAUGGUUGGGUCAACAAAUCUGGAGGAUCUGGCUAGCGGACUGCCCAACCAUGUGUAUCCAGUGUUCGAUGUGUACGGCAAGUGCGAGAAAAUAACAUUGAUAACUGGAAAUGAUGCUGGCCGCACAGGCAAUGCCAAUGGUACUCCAAUUCUGGAGGCUCCAGAGGCCCUGGAAUUGGAUAAUGGAAUGCCACAGCAGUGCGAAAAGGCACACCUGGAAAUGCACGAAAAGGAAAAGGAUACGGAGCAGGUGUGCGAAUCGGGACCGUCCACCUCCGGUGCUCCAUCCAACGCCAUGACGCGAUCGGUUAUGGAGAGCGUUUCGGAGAACUUACUUCUGAACAUUUCCAUUAAGAAUCGAACUCUGGAGCAGCAGCGAAAUGAACUUGGUGGAUCGUCGUCGACUUGUUGCCUUCGCGAGUCUCUGCAGCUGCAGCACAACACCAAUCUAAAUAUACAACGCAGUCAGAGCACACAGAGAUUCCAAAACUCUUUAAACACUUCUGCAACGGCCGCGGGAACGAGUGGCGCCAGCGGUUCCACAGCCAAUACUCAACACCUGAGUAACUCGGGUGUAUAUGACACGAAUAAGGAGUACGAUGACCUGCCCAAUCCUCCCAAUCAGUUAGCUAAUUCUGUGGACGAAGCACCUGGAGCCAUAGCGUCUGUAUCCACAACGAUCGAUCACAGCGAAAACAAUGCGGAGGCUUUGGAACUAAGUGCUAGCAACGAACGCGAAAUGUCCGGCGAGUCAGCGCUCAACGAUAAUGUAUUGGAGGACGAUGAGAUAGACUACAUGAACCACCUGUUGCUGCUGCAGCAACUCCAGCAAAACGAAUAUACGCGCCAUCAUCUUAUGCCCGACCAGGCGUCACUACUCAAUCUCGAUCUGCCAUCCCUUAAUUCCAUGGAAUCCGACUCGAAUUCCGUCGGCCACGCAAGGCCGAAUGGAGGAACAGAUUCUCUGCGAUCCACGGCCACCGGGGCCAGUGUGGAGCAGAACGACUGCGAAUACUUGCGGCAGGUGAGACGCUUUUGUGCUUCGCUAGUCCUGCCGCAGGCCUUCUUCGAUAGCCGACUUGAGCCGGUGUGCUUCUGCCUAAAGUGCAGUGGACCCAGCAAUGGUGGUAAUGGUGAUAAACUGGAGGGUUGGGUUUAUUUCAAGCUAAACCAGCAGACGGUCAAUGUGCUGAGCACUUCGACGUCGACUGCAUCGGCAGGUGGUAGCGCUUCCUCGGCGACCGCUCCCCAAGUGCACUUCGAUCUCAACGGAGACUGGCUGCCCUUCUACUACAUGACACGGGUGGACAAGAUUCGGGCGAUACUGGAUCGUGGGCAGCCGCUUCCGCUAGAAACGGAUCCGGACGAAGAACCGGCCGCUGCAGCGCUCAAGGAUGAGCCUGGCACACGUCUCGAGUUGUACUACUCGCCCAAUGCCACUGUCAUUGAGCCCGUGCUGCCGCAGCAUCACUUUGCCUCUGAGCAGGGCCUUCACCGCAUCUCCACUUCCUUCGAGGUCUACGUUCGGCGACAGUCCAUUUCGGGGGUGACCACUGGCAAGGCUGCGGCCGAGGCCAAGAGGCGCAGCCUGGGAUCCGCUGACCACGAUCACAGUGGAACGGGGCAAGGUGCCGACGGCGUGGGAGGCACUCCGUCCGCCACACUCAACGAGUCGUCUGUUCAUCUGUUAAACGAUCUCUGCUGGUUCACCAAAGAGGCUGGCGCCUGCAUAAUCAACGCUUUAAUUAUUAAACUGGACAGGAUCGAGGAGCAGGAAUCUCAUUGAGCGCACAACACCAUAUUCGCACUAGUCACGGCCGCUUUAUAUACAACAUUAUUCCUGUCCUAUAUUCACCACAUUUUAAUACCGCUCAGCAGCUACCCACACCAAAUCGCAUUCGCAUUCCUCUUUGUAAACGAGUUUGUAUUGUAUUGUAAGCGCAAAUAAAAUAAUCGCCAAGUUAAAACAGAU